AUGGUAGCUGUGUGGUUCUGCUCCGCCCAGCAGCAUGCGAGCGAGGGAGGGACCCAAUGCGCGGCUUCAUUCCAUCGACCCAAUGCGCGCCACCACAAGCGGCUGCUCUCCUCCAAGGCCUCCGGCGAGCCGCCGCUGCUGCUGGCCGCCUCCGUGCACUGCGCCAUGCGGGAGGCCAUCCGGGCCGCCAGGACCGAGUUCUACGCCGACUCGCCGCUCACGUUCCAGAUGGACGUGCCCGCCACCAUGGCCCACGUCAAGGAGCUCUGCGUCCUCGACGUCGUCGAGAGGCACCUACACAGCCUCUCCGCCGCUGCCGUCGCCCCGGCCAAGGCGUGAUGCUGUUUCAAACAGCCUGUUUGUCAGUUGUGUAGAGGAGCCAGGGUUUGGGACAACAAUGGCCGGUGAGCUUGUGUCAUGCUGUGUAUACAAGAGAGACACAAUAAAGCUAUCGACUUGGAUCAA